UUGUUUGAUUACAACACGGAACGUACCUCCAGCGAGGCAUUAGUCACUCGGCCCCUCUGCCGCGGUGUUUAUAUAGCCCCCGCUGCCCCGACCGCGGCUCAUUCAGCUCCCAGCAGCCACGAGGACCGAAGAGCUCUCUCUCUCUCUCUCUCUUUCUCUCUCUCUCUCUCUCUCACACACACACACUCGCACGCACGCACGCUCCCUCAGUCGGUCACACAGCGGGACACAUGGCUGUGCGUCGGGCGCUGCUGGCCGUCUGCGUCCUCUGCGCGGCCCACGUGUGGCCGAGUCGCGGGUUCGACUACAGCUUCGAGGUGAGCUACGCUGACCAGUCUUACAACGACAUCACAGACCCUAACCAGGAGGAAGAUGCCCCGACUACCACGGUCACCCCGUGCGAGUCCGCCGAGCUCACCAAGUGGGACAAGCUCUUCUCCAUGCUGGAGAACUCGCAGAUGCGGGAGAACAUGCUGCUGGAGAGCACCGACGACGGGCUGAGGGCGGAGCUGCGUUCCCUGAGGGCGGAGCUCCUGCGCCGCGCCGACGGACUCGCGGCGGCGUGCGGCGGCCGAGGGGACGGGGCCGGACGCCGCCUCGCGGCGCACCUCGACCACUGGCUGGAGCGGGCGCUGGAGCAGCUGCGGGAGGCGGGCGACGCGCAGCUGGCACGGCUGGACGCCGCGCUGCAGCAGCUCCAGCUCCUGGGGUCCCGGUCAGCCAAGGCGGAGGGCGGCUGCCAGAACGGGCCCGGCGGCAAGGCCAUCCAGAACGACCGCAAGCUGCAGGACGUGACGGCCGGCGACACGGGGCAGCUGCACAAGAUGCUCGCCGCCAUGGCGACAGAUCUUCACAAGGUCCAGUCCCAGCUUGACCUGUCUCUGUGGUCCAGGGCUCCGAGCUCCCAUCCCUCAGGCUGCGAGACGACCCUCCUGUUCCCCAUGCGCUCGCGCCGCAUCUUCGCCAGCGUGACCCCCGAGGGCCCCGUGUCACUGCGCUCCUUCACCGUGUGCCUGUGGGCCAAGGCCACCGAGAGCCUCAACAAGACGGUGCUCUUCUCGUACGGCACGCGGCGGAACCCCCACGAGAUCCAGCUGGUGCUGAGCGGCAGCUCCGCCCUCUUCACCGUGGCGGGCGAGGCGCACCUGGUGGAGGCGCGGGGGGCCGUCGAGCCGCUCCGCUGGGGGCACUACUGCGGGGCCUGGAGCUCCGAGCAGGGCCUCGCCUCGCUGUGGGUGGACGGCCGGCUGGCGGCCGGCGCUCCCGGCGUGGCCGAGGGGCACGCGCUGCCGGAAGGGGGCGCCAUGCAGCUGGGCCAAGAGAGGAACGGCUGCUGCGCCGCUCCCGGCUUCGCCGACGGCUUCGACGCCAAGCUCGCCUUCGCCGGCAGGAUGACCGGGGUGAACAUGUGGGACCGCGUGUUGGGCGCCGACGAGAUCUCCCGGCAGGCCCGGCCCGAGAGCGCCUGCAGCAGCAGGGGUAACGUCGUGGGCUGGGGGGUCUCCGAGAUCGUACCGCACGGGGGGGCCCAGUUCUACGGCUGAGCGGCUGCGGGUUCGAGUAACGGGGCAGCCGCACUCCGGCCGUUCUUGCCAGAGCACAGCGACCGCAAGCAAGUCAAGGGAAAAAGAAGCAGCCAAUGAAACAGCGGGGUUCGCCCCCGCCACCCUCCCCCCCCGAUGACCGACUGUGUAGCCAUAGGAAGACACGGCAAACCGAGAGCAUUUACUUCAUUUGUACCAGGAAAGCUUUCGAGCGCGUUUGUCGUUCUUCCUCCACCUGUAUUUAGUCGAGUUCUAUUUUAAGACAGAUUUCGUUCGCAGAUCAUUUACGCGUUCGGUGUGUAAAUUCACUUCGUUACACUGUUUACAGUCACAUGUUUUAAUCGUUGCUCCUGCUUUAUCCACCUGUGUUCUAUUGUGAAUCACAGAUUAACGGUGAAUGACGGUGAACUUCGGUGAAUGUCAGCGAGGGGUUUCCUUCUCCUCUUUCGCUCUUUACUUCCCGCUAUGCAAAUUACUGGGACCUUCAGGAGGGUUCGAGGCCAAUGUCCGCACUGUCUGUCUUCACUUUGUUCUCAAGUGAACGUGAAUGUAUUUUGUACAGAAAUGUCCCGGCGUCUCCAAUAAAGGACGCUGAAGGAACGAGACAAAAA